CCUACAAAAAGUGUCAUUAAUUUUUCUGAAAAUAUCCCUUCCCAAGCUAUCUACACAUCCAAUGACAGCUGAAGGCGCAACUACUUCCUCAUCGGCCAUUUCUUUGGUCAAAACAAUCAUUGGUGCUGGUCUUCUUUCCAUGCCAUUGGCGUUCAGCACUGACGGUAUUGUGGUGGGGUUCUGGAUCAUUCUUCUUGCCGGUGCCACCUCGGGCUAUGGUCUUUUCCUCCAGGCUUACGUUUCGCGCUACGUCCCCGCAGGCCAUGCCACCUUCUUCAGUCUUUGUUCCCUCACAUAUCCAUCCCUCCUGGUGGUGUUUGAUUUGGCAAUCGCGGUACAAUGCUUUGGUUGUGCCAUUCUGUAUUUGGUCCUUAUUGGAGACCUUAUGCCAGGAACUCUUGGUGGAAUCACUACCACUGCCACAGAUAGUAAAACUUUCUGGAUCCUCUUAUCUGCCGUGGUAUGUGUCCCCUUAUCCUUCCUCCGUAACUUGGACUCUCUCAAGUACACCUCAGUCUUGGGUCUUUUAGCAAUUGCAUACAUGGCUCUUCUUGUUGUGGGACAUUAUUUCAUUGGUGAUAUCCCAUCAACUGAACGUGGUCCUGUAACCCUUUUCCCACAAUCAUUUGCCUCCAUAUUCUCCACGUUUUCCAUCAUUGUGUUUGCUUUCACUGGCCAUCAAAAUAUGUUCUCAAUCAUUAAUGAAUCGAGAAAUAAACUGUUGUCAGCCCUUAGCACCCUUAUUGUGGCUGCUGUAACCGGCUCUGCGGCUCUUUUCAUCUUUGUUGGCUUGACUGGAUACCUCACUUUUGGUCAAAAUGUCACUGGUAACGUCAUUCUUCUGUACCCAUCAGAUCUUCUUUCCACCGUCAUUGGAAGACUUCUGAUUGUAUUUAUGGUGAUUUUUUCAUUCCCUCUCAUGCUCCACCCUGCAAGAAUCUCAGUCAAUAACAUUUAUUUUUGGAUUAAUCAAAGAUAUUCUAAUUCAAAUGAAAGAGCUCCUUUAUUAAAUAAUGAAGAUGAUCAUGAGUGUACUCUUCCUACCCCAACAGUGGUCCCCUUAUCCAAUGUCACUUUUGUGGUCAUUACCACAACUCUUCUUGUGGUUGGAUACGUUAUUGCCAUCACUGUUGAAUCAUUUGCUCUUGUGUUGGCAGUUGUUGGUGCCACGGGUUCUACUGCCAUUUCCUUCAUUCUCCCUGGUUUAUUUGGUUAUAAGCUCAUUGGUAGUGAACUGUCCACUCCCUCGGCCACUGAAUCCACUCUCAAGCACUUGUCCCUUGCAUUGAGUGUUUGGGGGGUUGUGGUGAUGAUUGUUUGUUUAUACGUUAGUUUGUCCUAGACUAGAACCUCCACAAUUCAUUUGCAUAUCGAAGAAUAAUCUAAAUACUUUUCCGACCUUCUUCCACAACUGGUAGUCCACUCACUUCCCCGUGGGACUGUGUAACGCUCCGCUGAGGCCCAUACCCGGGGAGGGCCACUGCGUGGUGCCUAGCUCCUCUACGAGGAGUCCUCUAACACACGUGACUUCCUCGUUAGAGGAACAAAGCCCCCACGGCUAGUGGCCCACGGAGUGCCAGCGGAGCGGCUUGCAAACCCCGUAGGGUGGUGACUACUCCCUUCCCCGUGGGAUGGUAAGUCGCUCCGCUAGGUCCCUGCCCUCUGCGAG